AUGUCCUGGAUCCAAAAACAAUUCACCCUCCCCCCGCGCUCCCGCGGCUCCUACCUGAUAACCGACCACGUCGUCUCCGAACUCCCCGAACUGCGCUCCUACAAAGUCGGCCUCCUAACCCUCUUCGUGCAGCACACGAGCUGCGCGCUCUCGCUGAAUGAGAACUGGGACGAUGAUGUGCGCGCUGAUAUGAGCGAUGCGCUGGAUCGGAUUGCGCCGGAGGAUCGCAAGGGGAAUCUUUACAGACAUGAUGCGGAGGGGUUGGAUGAUAUGCCGGCUCAUAUUAAGUCGUCGCUGGUUGGUGCCUCGGUCACGAUUCCGAUUACGAAUGGACGGUUGAACACCGGUACCUGGCAGGGGAUUUACUACAUGGAGUUCCGGGCGAGUCGGCACUCGCGCAAGGUUGUUGCGACGAUUCAGGGUGAAAAGGCGUGA